AUGCACUAUCAUCCCUGUAACCCAAGUCUCAUCAAAACAACUACAGCUCUCAUCCCCAUAGUGAUGUGUUUCUCAAAGUCCUUUCAGAAACUGGUUCUCCAGCACAUCAAAAACAACAUCCCUGCCAGCCAGUUUUCACACAGAACAAACAGAUCUACAGAGGAUGCUGCCUCCACUGUCCUCCACUCAGCCCUCACACAUCUGGAAGAUAACAACACCUACAUCAGAAUGCUGUUUGUGGAUUUCAGCUCAGCAUUCAACACAAUCUCCCCCAUGAUUUGUAAACUCUGCACUCUGGGCUUCAGUUUCACACUGGAUAUUAGACUGCUUUACAAACAGACCCCAGGCAGUUUAGAUUGGCGGCGACAUACUCCUGCUCACAUUGAUAACCUCUUCGAAUGGCACUUCUCCGUACGUGGGCCCCCAGAUUCUGAUUUCGAUGGCGGGGUUUACCACGGCAGGAUUGUGCUUCCCCCAGAGUAUCCAAUGAAGCCCCCGAGCAUCAUCCUCCUCACGCCAAAUGGAAGAUUCGAAGUUGGGAAGAAAAUUUGUUUGAGCAUCUCUGGCCACCAUCCAGAGACAUGGCAGCCCUCUUGGAGCAUUCGUACCGCCCUGAUAGCUAUAAUCGGAUUCAUGCCAACAAAAGGAGAGGGGGCCAUAGGAUCUCUCGAUUAUACUCCAGAAGAGAGGAGGGCCCUUGCCAAAAAGUCCCAGGACUUCUGCUGUGAGGCGUGUGGGGGGGGCUCCAUGCGCUCCGCCCUCCUGGCUCUAACCCCCAACAGUGACCCCAGCGCAGAGGACGACCAGGCUAAAGAGCUGGCUCAGCAAAUCAACUUCAAGGAAGAGUCCAGUUUAUCCAGACAGACCAGUGAGAGCGGGGGUGCAGAGAGUGAGCCUUCCACGUCCCCCCAGGGAGACUCCUCCUCGUCUGCAGAGCAGCAAGAGUCUGAGGGGCCCCGGGCUGAGCUGGUAGGUGUUACACUGCCCUCCCCACAACAUAUGACCUGCCUGCAGCCUGCAACAUAUUUUAGAACGAUAGUGUAGUGGCCGAUUAUCCAAAAUACGAAGUUUCAAGGGCACUGAGCCUACAAGGCGAUUUUGAGGGUUGACUUUAGUUUAAAACGUCAAAAAACCUCUAAUGAUAAAGUCACGUUUUGAGGGUUGUAUUAACGUAAUAUUUCAUAGAUCCCAUGGCGUUC